AUGCGACACACUGCGUUAUACCGAGACUUCCAGGUCGCAACAUACGGAGUUGUCCGGCGGUGGGGCCAGCAGCGACAGGGGCAUGCAACCCAUGGGAAAUUCAUAACCGGGCCCGGUAAGACGCAGAUAUACAGUCAUACGGCACGGAAUGUAGAGGAUGGUUCUGCCCCAGUGUUGGUUGAUCGAUAUACGCAACAUUCACCGGCGGCCUUUCUCUCGGAGCGAAGGAUUAAAAUGGCGGAGAACCCUAAGUUUCCAGGAGACCCAACCACGUGA